CAGUACUAGUGACAGAUGCAGCCUGCUUAUUAGGCAUUUCACCUGAAUUCGGUGCUCUGGGUUUACAAGCCCACAAAGACCUUUGAGCAGCAGACCACGUUUUCUACCGUCUUGCAGGUCCUCUUAUGUAGUGGUGUCUUGGACAAGUGCACUGGCUUAGAGCCCUGCCCCGUUCCAUGUACAUGAGCACGACCUCUUUUCUGUAGAGUCUGCCUGCUUUUGGCAUUCACUCGAAAAGGCAGUCGGCAAAUUUUUUGAGGAUGAAGAGGUUUUCACUAAGAAAAAGUCCCGUUCAUGAUGCUGCUGAAAAAAUAUCCUUUUAUUUGGCCUUAAACUGAAAAUUGUGUGAAUACAAGGAAUCUGUCUCAGGGACCUAAGACCAUACAGUAGGACAGAUAAAAAUAAUUGUACUUAAAACAUAAAAUCCACCAUUCCAUGAGUAAACAAAGAGCAAUGCAAUGAAGAGCAGGCAUUAAGAAUUCAUGUGACAGUACUGUGAAAUGUAGAAAAUCUGUGAUUACAUGCACAAUAAACGAGAGAGAAAAUACAUAGCACUGACAAAUGGUAUUUAAACUCAAACCUUUAUCUCAAGGACCGUCAGCAAGCGGCCAGUGCAUUAGGAAAGAAAUCUUACCUCGGGUCAGAGGCUACUUUGCAAAAGAAGGUCCCAAGUCCUCAGUUCAGUGACAGAGAACACUAGUUUAUUGUCACUAACGUGAUACUGUUUGUAUAAAAGGUGACUGCAUGUUAAGACUAAAUGCUUUUGAUGUUUUUGAGCAAACACUUAUCUCUCUAAUACAGAUUGUCUUGUUCUGUAGAAGGCGAAUGAGUGUAUCUACUAGGUCUGUUGCCAAGCUGUGCACUCGGAGCUUUUCCCAGCUCAUUUCUCCUGGCUUUCCUCCCCUCCAGCAUUUCUUCAGUCACUAUAGCCUAUUGAAAGGAUGAAAACCACACUGUCCCUAUGUCCUACCUGUUAUUUCCAAAGAUACCACAUAGAUUCUCUACCUUAAAUUACGUCAAACAUUACCUUUUGCUAUUUAAAAUGUGAAACUCCAGUAAAAGAAUUAAGUGGUAGUCUAGUCUGAGAUACCACAAUAAGAUAUCAGGUUUGUACAUGAAGAAUGAAUUACUAGCCUUGUCAUCUUUGGGAAGAUGUCUCUUAUUUCUGUGUUUCACCCAAAUAAAGGUGGUUUAUACUUAAGACUCACCUUAACUCAUGUCCCAGCCCUCCUGUAACAACAAGGCUAGGUUCUCCAGUGAAGAAUCCCUCCUACAUACUAUCUCAGCAUCUAAGUCCGUGAUUAUUGGCGUUUAUUGAUUUUUACAGUGACAAGGCCCACUUGAUGAUUUCCUGUGCUUUACAGACUAAUAACCAUUGCUUGGUUUUGAACCCAGUAAUUAGUAUCUGGCUGAAACAGUGUUUCCUACCCUCCACAUCUCAAGCCCAAUGGAGAGCAAUGGGAAUAGAUGGAUUUGUGAAUGUAUUAAAUAACGAAGAGAAAGCUAUUGGAAAAACAUCUUGCUUUUCUAGCCUCCAUGCACAUUGGACAGAGUCUUGGGACGAGAAGAAAGUGGGGAAAGGGACUGAAUUGAAGGCCACUGGCAUCCCAGACUGUCUUUCCAUCUCCAAGUGACUCAGAUAUUUUAGAUGCAUGAAAAGUGGCUCACCCACAAGGUGCAAAUCUUUAAGAAAUUCUCUGUGUGCUCCCACUGGCUUCAGCUUCUGAGACACCAGUUCACCUUCUUCCUCAUUUCAGCUGCAGCAACCUGCCUCCCCAAAUCUGAAAUUCAAACCCUGCUGCUGCUAUCAAACUAUUCAAGCCACCCUCCUGCAUUAGGCUUGCUGUAAGCAAUGAAGCAGUGAGAUGCUUUUCUUUAAGCAUCAUUUUCUUUUGGUCUUUUUAGAAUCCAUAUAGAAGUAUGAUACUUAAUUAAAAGCUUGCCAGGCUGAAAUCAUUGAGGAAACAAGACAAAAAAUCCUCCCCAAAAUGUGUCCAAACCGAUCUCCGAUGUAAAGCAAGGAGAGCACUGGACAGGGAUCUGAUAUUUGCCUGGCCCCUGCCACUGAUUCACUGCAAUGCUUUCUGCGAGUCAGCCGUUGUGCAUCAAUGUGCUUAUUGAUGGAGGAAAAACAGAAUUUAUUGCCUUUCACAGAGUUGUCCUGAGCCUUACUAAGCACCGCUUGUGCAAAUCUUUGGAUGAAAGGAAUCAUAAGAGUUCUAAGCUCUUAAUAUAUAUUACUUAUUGUACUUUAAAACAAAUGUCAUCACACUAGGUAGGAAUUAACGUUCCAAAGGCCAUAGGGUGGGUACCUUUUCAUUCACAUAUAUAUAAAAGUCAUCAAGUGACCUGCCUCACAGGAAGACUGACAGAAGACAGGUGAGUCUCAAUUCACUCCUAGAAUAUUUAUUUAGAGCCAGGAGCUUUGGGUUUGAUUUGAUAUAGCCUUUUGUCAAUAUGGUGACUGCUAUACUGUUUCUACCCAAGGCCUGCAAUGAUUUUUGUGAUGGGAGGGGAAAAAAAAAAGGCUGAAAACUUGAAACUUGAUAAGCUGGCAAUAUUUCCUGCAUGUGGAAACAGCUACAGCCUGUAGCUUUCGAUAGGGCCCUGUAUGGAUUUGCCAUUGAAUUCAUAGGUCAAGCUAUAUUGAUCCAGGCUUGCAAAUACUUGGUGUUAGUGUUAGAGCUCAGACCUGCUGCAUGUACCCAGCUCUGGCCAUGGGUGUUUGCUGGCCUGGAUAAGCUCACUCAGGAUGAGGGAAUCUUUCCAAUGACAUCAGUGGACUAUUUACAUUUCUGCAUCCAUGCAAUCUGGUUUGCAGUAGAAAUGCAGGCUAGGAAAAAGGUCAUACAUUAUUAAAAUCAAUAAGGCAUUUUCAAGUGUUAACAGCAUUGUGUGACGAUUGCCUACAAGACUCGUGGCAUGUUUUGUGUUUGAAACCCUUGUGGGGAAAAAAACAUUUGUAAGCUGUAAAAAUUGCUCAGUUUAAAUGCAUUCACCAGCAAGGCAAGUAUGGUCAAUGUUUUUUGCAGUUGAUAGCUAUCAUCUGAUGACAUUUCGGAAUUUUAUUAAUUUGCACAACAGAUGCAUUUAUUACUAAAGUGAUUAUCUGCCACUAUUGCAUACAGAGAUUAACACAACAGUAUUAUUUCUCCAGAUAAAUCUUGGAGUUGCCUUGCAUGCUCUUAGCAGAGAAUUAAGGGUCAUAUUGUUGAUUUUUGAAAACAUGUUUUUCCAAAAGCCAAGAAAAAAUCCCAUUGCUUUUUGAACAGAGAGACAAGGGACGUGUGCACUCUGUAGCACAUUCAACUUCAAACAUCUAUAUAAUUAAAGCAAAAGUGCUGUAUCUUGUCAUUGUAAAGACAUGCUAUGGGUGUUCAGGAGGGGCCCCUGUGAGCAAGGCACUACGUGAGCAAGCAAUCCAAAGGGACAGGGGCUAAAAAAUUCCCUGCUGGCCCAGGCUGCCGAUGGGGACCUCCCUGCUCCUGAGCUCCCCAGGCUUGGCCCUUCCCUCUCGACAUGCUGGCGUAGUGACACAGAGAUGGAAGAGACAUUCUGCCGCGGGAGAAGCCUGUGUCCCCCAGACAAGGGGGAAACAAGAAGCAGAUGGGGCUCCCAUCACUUGCUUCUCCUCCCAUCACAACUCUCUGAAACUGGCAGCUGCAUCCCAUGCAGGAGGUGAGGCGGGGGACUGUGCUGUGGAGAGGGUGCCUCUGGUCCCCUACCCUUCUUCAGCUAAUGCCAUCCCAUGUCUGGUGUCUUGGGGUGGGAGCUUUGGGCGUGCAAACCUUGCUAGAGGGCUGUUGAAAAUCAGCACUGAUUUAUUCAUGUUUUGCAGACUGCUGUGUUUCCAGGUCUCCUGAGGCAGCUGAGGAGAGCUGUCACCAUGAUCCCCACACUGCUCUUGCUGUGCCUUAUGGCCCUUGUUGGUGAGCCAGGGUUUGGGUUUGGGUUGCUGUUGAGAGUGCCCCAGGAGCUGUUUGCAGAGGGACUGCAGAGAGGGGUGCAGUCAAGCCUGAGGUCCCCUCUCUGUGUGGCAUUGUCCUCGGCUGCUUGCCACCAAUGUAUAUCCUUCAAACCAGCACAUCUGGAUUAUGGGUCUGACACCAAAAGGGAGUCACAGACAUACCUCCUCUUGAUUUUCCCAGCUAACCUUAUCUGAUGUCUCUGCCUAUUCAGAAAUGGUCUCACAGAUGUGGGAAGCUGUUUGACGGAGGCUACUCGUUCCUCAGUUACUGAGGAAGCAGGGUAAUUUGUCCAGGCUGAGGCAAGCACUCUCCUGAAUGAAUUCCUCGCUAAGUUACAGAGGGAGACAGGAGAAGCUCCCAGCCAGGGUGCUCAGGUACUGCCAGCCAUCGCCCAAGGGUUCCUGGACAUUGGGAGGCGUUGAAUGGGAAGAGCCUUCUGAAAUAAAUGCAGAGGCUGUGGUUCCCCUCUUCCCCACACCAGCCUUUAGACCUAACAGGGCAGAUGCCUAUUCACCUGAAUUGUCGUUAGAUUCAUUCACUUCAACCUUUUCAACUAGAAAAGAACAAAUUUCUGUUCUCUAGCUUUCUUUGAUAACAUUACUGAUGGAGAGCAAUGCCAACCACACACAAGGUGCUGUGGAUUAUAGGUCUGGAUGAAUCCCUCACGCUUGACUUGUAUGCACUUGCAGCAUGCUGUACAGCAUUGCUCUGAGAUCUUACGUGUUCAAACACCUCCAUUUAAUUUUCCAGCUCCAUCCAUGAGCUACAGUUGCUAUGGUGACAUAAGUGCUCUUCAAGCACCUCCAGUCUCCUGUACAGCCGUAAGAGCCUCAGACUGUGGACUUGCCACAUUACGGAGGUCUGCUGAGGCAGACGUCAUCCGCCUGAGGAGGUAUGAGGUCCCAAUUAAAAGAGUAGCCAGAAACCUGUGCUUGGACCCAGCGCUCAUCGCUGCCCUCAUCUCGCAGGAGAGCCGUGUUGGCCUGCUCCUGAACAACGGCUGGGACCAGGAACGGCAGAAGUAUGGCUUGAUGCAGCUUGACGGGCAGCAAUACCACCCUUUUGGAUUGUGGGAUAGUGAAGAACACAUAAAUCAGUGCUCAACUAUCCUGGUUCUUGCAAUUAAUGAAGUACGGGCAAGGCAUCCUACCUGGACGUGGGACCAGCAGCUGAGAGGGGGAAUCUGCACCUACCGUGCAAAAAUGGGCAACAUCCAGGUCUACGAGGAAGACCCAUGCAACAGGGACAACUACUAUGUCAACAGCGUGAUUAGGCGAGCCCAGUAUUUCAAAAGACACGGGUUCUAGCUCAGAAACCUGCACCGCAACCAAGCCUCUCCUUCACACAAACUAGCCCAGUAGUGAUCGUAGCACCCAGAGCAGUUCCUCGGGUCUCUUGGCAGGACCAGUGCUGGUGGCAAUGGCAACGGCACCUUGCUUGCUCCAGCAAACACCAGCUCCCCACUUGCCGGUGGGCAAGCUCGGCACUGCCUUCCAGGGGACCCACGGGGAUGAGACACCACAAGCUCUGGGCCUUUGAGAGGCAGAUGGGGACAGACCAGCAGUGUUCAAGUGUCGGGUGAGGAAGGUGCCUCUUCCUGGUCGCAGCUGAACCCAGGGCUGUUCGUGCAUCCCCCAGGCCUGGGCAUUGGCUGUGCUCUUCCCACCUCCUCCAUGCACCUCCUUCCCUUUCCCUGGCUGGCGGGGGGAUGAAGCCCCAAGUUAAAGUCUUUCUACCCCCUGAUUGCGCUGGCUACAGGGCAAUGAAGAAACUUCUCACCAAGCCUUUGGUCUCUGCGCUAGCUGUGGAUCCCUGCGGCCAGCUUUGUGGGGGACAAUGCCAAACCUGCUUCUGUUAGUCUCCUGAGCCCUGGAGCCCAUGGCCGUGAUGGGGCUGGAGACCUCUUCAGGGUGAAAAGCAGCCUCACACAGGGGAAAUCCUCUAUAUGGGACAUACUGCAAGCGCCACAGCAGGCAUGCAAAACACCUUUCUGUUAGAGAGCAGCCCUCUGAGCAGGAGCUGGCCCCAACCAUACCCACCCCAGCUGCUGUACCACAACAACGGUGUUAGUAAAAAAACCCCACAACCUUUCCUGCUUUAGCUUUGGCACCUUUAUGCUGGGUUUCCUCCAAGUUUAAAAGCGAUUCAGCAUCUGUCCCUCUGCCAGGAAUCCCAGCUUCUAAUUAGCAGUGAAUUAGCUCUGGGUUUAUAAGCUCUGUUUGGAAGCGUUCUUCGAUGUGGAUGGGUCUGGGUGCAAAUCUAGGUUUACUGAGAAUAAUACUGAGAAUAAGAGAGAAAAUAAAGAUAAAAGUCAAAUCCCAAUCUUUUUUUCUUUUUUUUUUUUUUCUUUCAAUUUCACAGGACCCAGUGGGCAGCAACCUGCAAUUUGAGUAAAUAAUCCAAUUUGAUACUCUUGGAAUGGGCUUAAAACUCAAUUUGAAAACAGGGAGAGGGAAAUGGUGCUGCAGACUGGGGUGGGUGAGCGUAGCUGGGCUGGGAGGCAGGGCACGAGGCAGCCUGGCCGCUGCCCCCAAACCUGUGAACAGGAGGAUCAGCGCAUUCACAUUUAGCCUUUUGAACAACCAUUUUGGAGGCAUCAGGGCACUUUUCUGCCAGCUGCCGAUGCAGAAGCGAUGUGCCUGUCGGGCCCUCCCUGGCAGCACGGGGCUGUGCUGCACGUGUGCCAGGGCUGCCACGCAGGGUCAGUGCAGGCAGCGUGACGUGAGAGCUGGUUUGCAGACAGCUUUUGCAGGAGGAGCAAUUUUAAUGUUCCUUGUCUCAUCAGUCACUCAUCUGCUCACCGUUGCGGCAAGGACUGUGCAUGAUUAAUGUAUUUGCAAGCAAACUCAUUUUAUCACCUCUGGAGACCAGAGAGAG